AUGGAUUGGGUACGAGGAGAAUCAGUUGGUCGAGGAAGUUUUGCAACGGUUCAUUUAGUCUUACCCAAAGUUACCUCUAAUUCCACUCCGACAGCCGUCAAAACCUCCGAGGUUUCAACCUCGUUUUCCCUCAAAAACGAGAGACAAAUUCUCGAUCGUUUGGGUUCUUGUCAACAAAUCAUUCGCUGUUUCGGAGAUGAAUAUACCUUCGAGAAUGGUCAGGACUAUUACAAUCUGUUUCUCGAAUACGCUUCUGCCGGUACUCUCGCCGAUCAAGUUAAAUUCCACGGUGGCCGGAUUCCCGAACAAGAUAUUCGCGGUUACACGAGGUCAAUCGUGGAGGGUCUUAACCAUAUUCAUAGCAAAGGAUUCGUUCAUUGCGACAUAAAGCUUCAAAACAUUCUAGUAUUCCACGAUGGUGAAAUCAAAAUAGCUGAUUUCGGUCUUGCGAGAAAAUCAGGGGAGGAACAGAGUAGGUUCGAAUGCAGGGGAACUCCACUUUUUAUGUCGCCGGAAUCAGUUAACAACGGGGAGUAUGAGUCGCCGGCGGAUAUUUGGUCACUUGGAUGUGCGGUGGUGGAGAUGGUAACAGGAAAACCAGCGUGGAGUGUGGAGAAAGAUUCAUCUAUGUGGUCGUUGUUGCUUAAAAUUGGUGCCGGAGAAGAAUCACCGGUGAUACCCGAAGAUUUAUCAAAAGAGGGAAAAGAUUUUGUUGAGAAGUGUUUUGUUAAAGAUCCAAGAAAAAGAUGGACGGCUGAGAUGCUUUUGAGUCAUCCAUUUAUUGAAAAAGUGAAGAAUGUUAUUGAAGUAUCACCAAGAAAUCAUUUCGAUUUCAAUGAUUGGGUUUCUAGUGUUAGUCAUUCAGCUCCAAGUUCGCCGGAAUCUGAAGAGUCGUGUCAAUGGGAUUUUGAUUCUUGUUCUUUUUCGGGUGUGGAUCGGCUCCGGCAGCUUGUGACGGUUGAAGUUCCGGUGAGUUGGUCGGAAUCAGAUAGUUGGAUUAAUGUUAGGUGA